AUGGAGCCGGAGGUUCUGAAAUCUGGAGGAGUACCGCCGGGAAGCUUUAAUGGAGAUUGGAGAUUGGAGAUUGGAGAUUGGAGAAUGGAGAAUGGAAAUGUGAAGAAACGAAGAGGACAAGACGCAAGACGGCGUACUGGAAAAGAGGGCAAGAGUGUUGAAGUAGCUGCUACUGCAAGAGAAGAAGAAAAUGAGCAAGAUAAAGGAGAAGAAAAUCAUGAAGAGGAACAACCUUUGCCAAAAACAACUGGGAAAAGAAUAAAAACUGUUGCUUCAAAAAAGAAAAAUGUAGAAGUAGUCACUACUGCAAGAAAAGAAGAUAAUGAGCAAGAUAAAGGAGAAGAAAAUCAUGAAAUAGAAGAGGAACAACCUUUGCCAAAAACAAAAGGGAAAAGAAUAAAAACUGAAAAGAAAAAAGUUCAAGUAGUUGCUGUUGCAAGAGGAGAAUACAAUGAGGACCAUGAAGAGAAUGUGCCAAAAGUGAACGUAAAUGCGGGAAUGGAAGAAGAACCUCCAUUACCAAUAACUAAACGAGAAAGAGUAUAA